AUACCGACUUAUGUAAACAAUAUAUGUUAUGGAGAGCAAUAAAUCAGUGUAUGAGACAUUGAAACGUGCUUCAUGCUAGUUUGGUCUCGCUGUCAGUUAACAAGCAAUUUAAAUAAAAUACAGCACGCGAAUAGCAGUCAAAAUAAACCAUUAAGGAACAGUGUGCGACAAGAAAAUCGACAAGUGGUUAAAAAGUUGAUACUAUACAGUCGACGGUAAACGUGUGAGGAACAAUUUGAAGAGACUUAUUUUGAAAAUGGCUGUUUUGCGAUUCUAUUCUAAGGAUGCAUUCCAUUCAUCCAAAAUAAAUCUGGUUUUGAAUGAGUUGAAAAAGAUCAAUGCAACAAUAACCUCACUAAAAACGGAACUUUGCUACCACGUUGAAGUGGAUGUGUCAAAGAGUGAAUUUGGCGACGAUAAAGUAGCAGUUUUGCAAUGGAUUUUAAAGGAACCGCAACAAGUGGAUCUUUUGUCCCGUAAAUCGGCAUGGGAUUCAUCUGUUGCCAAUGGCAAGGAAUUCAUUAUUGAAAUCGGUCCAAGAUUCAAUUUUUCCACGGCUGAUUCGACAAACAGUGUCAGUAUCUGCCAAAAUGCUGGACUACAUGAAGUGAAACGAUUGGAAAAAUCAAUUCGAUACUAUGUGUCAGCGAAUAGUGUGCCAACAAAAACUGAAAUUAAUGAAAUGGUUGAUAUUCUGGGUGAUCGUAUGACACAAUGCCGAUACACUGCUGAAAAUUUACCGAUUAAAAGUUUCGACGAGCAAUUGCCGAAGAAGACAAAGUCUGAUGACUGGUAUUUGGUGCCGGUUCUGUCUGAAGGUCGCACUGCCCUCGAAAAGGUUAACAAUGAAUUGGGUUUGGCAUUCGACAAAUGGGAUUUGGAGUAUUAUUUGAAUUUAUUUAAAAAUGUAUUGGGCCGUGAUCCGACUAGUGUUGAAUUGUUCGAUUUGGCACAGAGUAACAGUGAACAUUCACGUCAUUGGUUCUUCAAAGGAAAAAUGAUCAUUGACGGUGUGGAACAUGAAAAAUCAUUGAUUCAUCUUAUUAUCGAAACUCAAAAGAACACCAAUCAAAAUAAUACCAUAAAAUUCAGCGAUAACAGUAGUGCCAUCAAGGGAUUCACACAUAAAACCAUUCGACCAGUGUUUACAACGACAAAUGGAUCGUUUGAUGCCAAUGAAAUGAACAUUGUAGAUGUUAAAUCAGAUUUGAUUUUUACGGCUGAAACACAUAACAUGCCAACGGCGGUUGCACCAUUUUCGGGAGCCACCACCGGAACGGGUGGCCGAUUGCGAGAUGUUCAGGGUGUGGGAAGAGGCGGUUUAGCCAUUGCGGGUACGGCUGGCUAUUGUGUUGGUAAUUUGAACAUUCCAGAUUAUGAUAUGCCAUAUGAAUCAAAGACCGACGAAUAUCCACCGUCUUUUGCAGCACCGUUGAAGAUUUUGAUCGAAGCAUCAAACGGAGCGUCUGAUUAUGGCAACAAAUUCGGUGAGCCGGUGAUUUGUGGUUUUGCAAUGACUUAUGGUGUUACAAGCAAAGCGACAAAACAACGUGAAGAAUACGUCAAACCAAUUAUGUUCAGCGGUGGUCUUGGUACUAUGGACGCAUCCCAUCGUCAAAAACUUGAUCCAUCUCGUGGAAAUUUGAUGGCGAAAAUCGGUGGUCCCGUUUAUCGUAUUGGUGUUGGCGGUGGAGCUGCAAGUUCGGUUGAAGUACAGGGUGACAAUAGUGCCGAAUUGGAUUUCAAUGCAGUUCAACGUGGCGAUGCUGAAAUGGAAAAUAAAUUGAAUCGUGUUGUUCGCGCUUGUAUCGAAAUGGGCGAUCGUAAUCCGAUUUUGGCUAUUCACGACCAAGGCGCUGGUGGUAAUGGAAAUGUAUUAAAAGAAUUGGUCGAGCCCGGCUAUGCAGGUGCUGUUAUUUUCACAAAAGAAUUCCAAUUGGGUGAUCCAACUAUAAAUGUUCUCGAACUAUGGGGAGCGGAGUAUCAAGAAAACGAUGCAAUUUUGUGCAAACCCGAAGACAGACCAUUGCUCGAAGCAAUAUGCGCUCGCGAACGUUGUCCGAUUUCGUUUGUUGGAGUUGUGACUGGCGACGGUUACGUAACAUUGAUUGAAUCUGAAGCCAAAUUCGAGAAAUACCUGAAUGAAACAGUCGAAAAACGUCAACGCACAGCCAAAACAACCGUUCCAUUUGAUAUGCAUCUCAAGGAUAUUUUAGGUGAAAUGCCACGUAAAGAAUACAAUUUGACAACUGAACAAAAAGUGUUGGUGCCACUUGAGCUUGAUUUCUUGGACAAAACGGACGUGAGCGAACCACUGAAACGCGUUCUUAGUUUGGUUGGCGUUGGUAGCAAACGAUUUUUAACGAAUAAAGUUGACCGAUGUGUCACUGGUUUAAUUGCACAACAACAGUGCAUCGGGCCCUUACAUACACCGUUGGCCGACUUUGCAUGUACCACUGUUUCGCAUUUCACAUAUGAGGGGAUUGCCACAUCAAUCGGUAUGCAACCAACGAAAGGUGUCAUAUCGGCCAAAGCUAAUGCACGCAUGUCUGUGGCUGAAGCCAUUUCAAACUUGGCUUUUGUCAAAGUGAGUGAGUUGGCCGAUGUUAAAUGCUCUGGCAAUUGGAUGUGGGCAGCCAAAUUACCGGGAGAAGGUGCCAAAAUGUAUGAAGCAUGUCAAGCAAUGUGUAACAUCAUGUCGGAAUUGAAUAUUGCGGUGGACGGUGGCAAAGAUUCACUUUCGAUGGCUGCUAGAAUUAAAGGUGACACCAUUAAAUCGCCGGGUACAUUGGUGAUUUCAGCCUACGCACCCUGUAAAGAUGUCCGUGUUAAAGUGACCCCAGAUUUCAAAUCGCCGGCUCUUUUCCGAAACGGUGAAAUUGUUUGGGUGAACAUUGAAAAUCGAUUCCGCUUAGGUGGUUCGGCACUUGCUCAAGCCUAUGCUCAAGAAGGAAACGACACUCCCGACAUUUCUCAGCCACAAAUUCUCAAGAAAGCCUUCAACGCCACUCAAUCACUUCUGGCACAAGGACAAUUACUUGCCGGUCACGAUAUAAGUGAUGGUGGUUUGAUUGUGGCACUACUUGAGAUGGCAUUUGGUGGUUUGUGUGGAUUCCAAGUUGACCUAACCGAUGCCAUUCGCAAAAUUGGUACCAAAAACUUUUUGACAAAUAAUUUAACUGAAACAAAUGCACCCGUGGUCGCUCUAUUUGCCGAAGAGACAGGAUGGUUGCUGGAAGUAUCGCCAGGAAAUCUCAAUACCGUUUUGCAAACAUUCCAAAAAGAAGGUGUUCCAGUUUAUCACAUUGGUCAGUCGACUGGAAAUGGUAUUCAUUCCGAGGUGCUAAUUAAAUACGAAAAGAGUGUAUUGCUUGAAGGAAAAACACUCACUUACUUCAAACAAUGGGAACGCACCAGUUUCGAAUUGGAAAAGCUACAAGCAAACGUUGCUUGCAUAGGUCAAGAAUAUGCUACGUAUGACUAUCGUACUGGGCCACAAUACACAUGCAACGUUAAUCCGGAUCAAUAUGCAACAUUGUUGGCACAACCAACCGACGAAAAUAUUUUGGUGGCUGUAAUUCGUGAAGAAGGUACCAAUGGUGAUCGUGAAAUGAUUGCAUCAUUAAUACAAUCAAACUUCACCGUGCACGAUGUUGUAAUGAAUGAUUUGCUCCAAGGAAAAGUGACACUGGAUCGUUAUCGCGGUGUUCUAUUUCCGGGAGGUUUCAGCUACGCAGACACCAAUGGAUCUGCUAAAGGAUGGGCAGCAACAAUCAUUCACAAUGAAUCGCUUCGUCGUCAAUUUUUACAUUUCAAAAAACGUUCGGACACAUUCUCGUUGGGUGUGUGUAACGGUUGCCAGUUGAUGAGUUUAUUGGGUUGGGUUGGCGUAACCGAACCGAAUGCCAAUGAUGUCAAUGCUGUGCCCGAUAUUGCGCUGCUUGAAAAUAAAUCCGAACGUUUUGAAUGCCGAUGGUCAACACUGAAAAUUCAGUUCAUGCAUGAACCAGUUAUGUUGAAGAAUAUGAAUGGUAUGGUACUUGGCUGUUGGAUUGCACAUCAUGAAGGGCGAUUUUCAUUCCGAACAGAUAACGUUUUCAACGAAAUACUCGCAGGAGACCUCGCUCCAAUCCGUUAUGUCGACGAUAAUGGACGGCCAACCGAAACAUAUCCAAUGAAUCCGAAUGGUAGUGUUCAGGGCAUUGCAGCUCUCUGUUCAUCCGAUGGAAGACAUUUGGCAAUGAUGCCUCAUCCAGAACGUUGUACACAAAUGUUCCAAUGGCCAUAUGUUUCGCCAACAUUUGAAUUCAGCCAAGCAAAAUAUUCACCAUGGAAAAUGAUGUUUGACAACGCUUUCAAUUGGUGCCAAGAACAUCUUAUGCAGCAAAGAUUCCUCCAAAAUUUAAAUUAAGCCAAGCAAAAUAUUCACCAUGGAACAUGGCAAGAACAUCUUCUGAUACAAAGAUUCCGUAUGUAGAACAUACGUGCUUGUUUGCUUAAAAUUCAUAUGUUAAAUUUCGGUAAUGCCACUUUUAAUAUUUGGUUUAAUAAAAUCAUUUUAUUUUUGUUUUCAAAUGAAAUAAAAUACCGUUUUUUUUUCGAAUAAAAA